CCUCGUCGUUGCCAUUGCUCGCUGAGCACUCACCCACACUCACUUACAGCCACUUUCCUUAUUUUUGCGACUCUAGCAUGAUCCUCAACUUCUCUCUCUUCUCCCUCGCCGCGGCGAUUCUUGGAGUUUGCGCCAACCCUCACGGUGCCCACCUCAACCGUCAUCAAGGAAUUGCGAAGCGGGCGGCUGGUAACGUUCAGCUUCACAAGCGGUUUGGCGGUGCUAGGUGGACAUACUAUGACGUGGGACUGGGAGCUUGCGGGCAAUAUAAUGUCGCAACUGACUUCAUUGUUGCACUCAAUACCCCUCAAUUCGGGUCAGGGUACCCAGGUCCCAAUUGCUUCAAGACCAUUACCAUGUCAUACGGUGGAAAGACUACAACAGCGACGAUCAUGGACGAGUGCCCCGGUUGCCCGUACGGUGGUCUUGACCUGUCAAGGGGUCUUUUUCAAUUCUUUGCUCCGGAGAGCGUUGGCGUAAUUUACGCUGAAUGGUACUUCGGCAGCGGUGGUGGUGGUGAUAACCCACCCGCCACCACUGAGGCAAAGCCAACUUCUACGUGGCAGCCUCCGCCGACCACUACGUGGAAACCGGAGCCAACCACCACAUGGACGCCUGAGCCGACCACUACAUGGAAGCCAGAGCCAACCACCACAUGGAAGCCGGAGCCGACCACGACGUGGAAGCCAGAGCCAACCACCACAUGGAGUCCACCUGCGGCCCCCACCACUACCUGGACGCCUUUGGCGGAGGUCAAGCCCACCACGACUUGGAAACCUGAUCCCACCACCACCUCCACCUGGAAGCCAGACCCUACCACCCCCACCGCAACACCUGCAACGACGGAGAAGACUUCCACGGUACAAUCUUCAUCUGCGUCCGUGUCGUCUUCCUCCGCUUCUCAUUCCUCCGCUUCCCAUUCCUCUGCUUCCUCUUCCUCCGCUUCCCAAGCACUUGCCUCUGCCAGCUCUUCCAGCAAGAGUGCAAGUUCGAGUGCGCCUUCUCCAACGGGAACAAAUAUUGAUAACUUCGAUGAAAUUCUCACCCUCUUUGGGAGCGUAAUUUUGGCUGCCGCUGAAGCUGGUAGCGACGGCAGUGCCGCAGCUGACCCUAAUUCGACCGUUCCAGAGACGAAUUAA